ACACUUGGAGUAUAGACCCCGCCCUUCUCCGCCCCUGAAUAUAAAAAAGUAAAAGUAUUAUCUAUUACAAGAAUAAGUUUUAAAUUUUUGCUUAUAUUAGUAUGACACGGUUAAGUGUCUAACACGUGAACAAGUUUCAACCGAAUUUCAUAACGUUUUAAAAAAGUCAAUUUUUUACCAACGCUUUAAUUUCCUGAAGAUACCAAGCUUCGAAAUGUAAACACAACUGACCUACAUGAAUUUCAAGUAUUCAUGUUAUCGCAUACCAUUUCUUUCUAGUGUAAAUAAGUCGAUGCAUACAUUCUUUUCAUAAAUAAAUCCAUGUUAUUAUCCGAUCGUACCUUACUUCUAAGCUUUGCACAUUUAAUUACAUUUUCCUAACGGUGUCACAUGCUUCUUUACGAAUUCAUGACGACUGGAAUGUUUCCCGUCUCUUAAAGCGGAAAACCGCUGGGAAAAAGCAAUUUCAUAUAAAACUUUAAUGAAUGAAAAGGUACGUUGUUGUCGUCUCACCCACGUGCACAUGACCUAUAUUUUCGCGAGCGAAAAAAAGGUAAACAGUAAACUCUAAAUAUCAAUUUUAUUUCUGUUUUCGUAAUUUUUUUUACAUUUAGUGUUUAAAUAUCAUUUUUGCUUCAAUUAUGUUGAGUACUGAACAGCAACUGUUUUAUGAUUCCGCAUGUAGCGGGCAUAAUAUUGUUUUAACUGGUCAGGGUGGAACUGGAAAAUCCUACAUUAUUUCUCAGUUUUAUGAAAACAUGUUAAAAAAGGGUAAAAGUAUUUAUGUCACAUGCAGUACUGGUAUCGCUGCAACACAUUACCGUAAUGCACAGACACUCCAUAGGUGGUGUGGUUUAGGAGAUGGUGGUAUGCAAACUAGUGAACUAGUGAAGCUAAUUUGUACUGACGAACGAUAUGCUGAGUCAAGGCAGCGUAUAAUAUCUUGCCAAAUCCUUAUAGUAGAUGAGUGCUCUAUGAUAAGCCAAAGAAUAUUUGAGGCUGUUGAAUCAAUAUGUCGGUCAGUAAGACAAAAUGAGAGGUAUUUUGGGGGCAUGCAAGUUAUCUUUUCCGGUGACUUUUUUCAGCUUCCACCAGUCCCAGAUGAAUUGUAUGGGGAAACUGGCAAACAUUGUUUUCAGUCCGAUUAUUUCAAGUAUGUCUUUCCACACCAUAUCAAUCUGAAGACCAUAUUUAGACAUAACGACAUUAAUUUAAUUGAAUGUGUAAACAACCUAGAAAAGGGAAAUUUAAGUACAAGAACAAUUCAGUACAUCAAAACUUUAGAAAGAGAUAUCUCUAUUCAGGAAAACACAUUGUACCUUUUUUCUACACGAUACAAAGCAAAUUUAUUCAAUCAUGAUAAAAUUAACAAUUUCCCAGGCAAUUUGAAAAUUUAUACUGCAAAGGAUGAGGGAGACACAUUUUAUUUACAAAAGUUUCAAGCACCUAAACGGUUAGGCUUCAAAGUGGGAUGCCCUGUGAUGCUUGUUGUCAAUUUAAGCGAAACACUUGUUAAUGGUUCAACAGGCACGUUGAAAGAGUUAUUAGACAACGAAGUUGUAGUACAUUUUGAAAAAAGUAACCUAACAGUGACUGUGACAUACCAUGCAUUUUCAAAAGUGGACCCAGUAUCACGCAAAACUUUAGCUAAAAGAUUACAGUUGCCAUUAGUUCUUGCUUUUGGAAUAACUAUGCAUAAAUCACAGGGCAUGUCACUUGAAUCAGUUGUUGUUGACUGUGAAGAUGCCAAUGUGCCUGGUCAACUUGGUGUUGCUGUUGGUCGUGCACUUACAGCCAACAAUUUGCAGGUAAAAAAUUUUAGGCCUCAUUUAGUGAAAAAGCACCCGCCUCAUGUAUAUAGUUUUUAUGAGUCAAACUCCCAACUGUUUUUACCUUCCAACACCUGCUGUAAAAGCGAGUUUAUUCCUUCAGAAACAUUAUCUGAACUAUUCAUUCCAAUCGAUUGGGAUAAUUUCAAUAAUGAAAAUGAUGAUCAUUAUUAUAAUGAUGAUCAUGAUCAUGAUAAAAUAAAUGAUGAUGAUGAUGUAAAUUUUGAGUAUGAUGAUCAUUUUCUUCAACUCAUAUCUGAAAUUGAAACAGAAAAUAAUGAAUUAUGUAAUACUUCAGCAGGCAAUUAUAAUACUACAGGUAUAAUGCAAUCAGCUUCUCCAAUACCUGAUUAUAUCUCUAUUGAUAAAAUUCUGGAUGAAAUAAAUCAAAAUUAUUCAAACACUCCGCUACAAGACCAAGUUUCACAAACUAUAGACUAUAUUAAAAAUAAAAAAAAUGACUUUUCAUGUUGGGUUUCCAAAUUCUUUUUGCACUUAAACAAAAUUCUCAACGAUUCAUUUAACGAAAAUGAAGAAUUUCAACAAAAACACGCUCGACAAUUUUGUACAAAGGUUAAUUGCUAUUUACAAAGUGAUGAAUACUUCAAUUCCUGCCAAAAAGUUAUAUCUAAGACUGAAAACUAUCAUCCGGCAAUAGGUUUAGCAUUAUUUACAUCAACAGCAUUUCAUAUUCAAAAAGCUAUAUUAGAAAAUUUCUCUGAAACUGUUUCUCAUUCAGAAAUUGCAGAAAGAAUUAUUCCGACAGAAAAAUAUGAAAAAGGAAAAGGGAAUUUACGAUAUAUUGGAGGAUAUUCCAUCGCAAAGAUUAAAUAUAAAUAUAAAAAGAAAGUCCAAAAUUCAUUAUAUGACUUUUCUAAGACGUUAGAACUUCAAACUGCUCGGGAAAAAGUAGAUCUUUUAAAUCAAAUUAUUACUUCAUAUUAUGAUUUAUUAAAUGACUCAUCAUUUCCUCAAAGUCUAGAAACUACAGCCAGAAAACAAAACAUAAGACAAGGGUUAACAAAUAUAACUGACUCAGCAUUUGUAUUCUUUUCAGAGUUAAACCAUAAACUAAGAUUACUUGAAACUUAUCAAAAUUUAUACAAACAUGGGAAAAAUACGAUAGAAAUGGUAAAAAGCGAAAUAUUAGCAGAUAGCAACAUAUUAGAACAGUGGUUUAAACUUUUCAACUCCACUUUUGAUGAAUUGGUUUUGGAAUUAUUUAAUGAAGUGAUAUCAAAAUUUAUCUAUGUAUCUGCUUCACAUUUUCGAAAAGAUUUCUUAAGAAGCCAAACAAUCGAAAAAUCAAAAGCCCACCGGAAAAAGUAA